CUGCUCUCCGGAGGUCACAGGAUGAGGACGUGUCAGCUGAUGUUGCUCGGUUGCCUGCUGGCCGGCGCUCUGGCGCUCCCCAGCACACCCCAGGGCAGGGAUGCCAGGAAACCGCCCCCUGAGGACAAGAAGCCGCCUCCUGAAGAGAAGAAGCCGGAACCUGAAGAGAAGAAUCUGGGGCCUGAGGGUAGGAAGCCGCCUCCCGAAGAAAGGAAGCCGGCUCCUAAGGGCGACACCGGCGUUCCGAGCCCGCGCUCUGGCGCCCUGUCCUGUGGCUCUCAUGUGGUCGCCGAGGGCUCGACGGCAGUUAUCGAGUCGCCCAACUACCCGUCCAACUAUCCCAACGACGAGGACUGCGUCUACACGCUCACCACCGACACCGGCAAGGACCUCGAGCUGAGCUGCGAGGCGUUCGACCUCGAGUCUCACUCCCAGUGCCAGUACGACUGGCUCCGAGUCAACGGCAUCAAGUACUGCGGCUCCAGCGGGCCGUCGACCGUGGCCGCGCCUCAGCUCGACAUCGACUUCCACAGCGACUACAGCGUCGUCCGGUCGGGCUACCGGUGCACGGUGACGGUGGUGGAGCCGACCGUGGUGCCGACCGGCUCGCAGCUCAGCUGCGGUCACAGUCGGCUGGCGCGCGGCCAGCACACUAUCACCGACGGCGACGGCGACUACAGCAACGACGUCGACUGCUACUACCAGCUGUACGCCGACCAGGCCGGCGACCAGCUGUCGGUGACGUGCUCGCAGUUCGACGUCGAGUCCCACUCGAGCUGCGCGUACGACUGGCUGUCUGUGGACGGCAACAAGUUCUGCGGCUCCAACGGGCCCAGCGGCGUGGCCGCCAUCGACCAGAUGGCGAUCCACUGGCACACCGACUACUCGGUGGUGCGCUCCGGGUUCGUGUGCGCUGUCACGGUCGGCGAGGCGUCGCCUCCGACCACCACGGCCGCGCCGCCGCCGCCCGCCGACAACUGCGCCUGCGGCAACGUCAACCGCGCCUCGCGCAUCGUCGGCGGCGUGGAGACCGAGGCCAACGAGUACCCGUGGCAGGCGGGUCUGGUUAGCACCGGCAACAGUCGCACCUGGUGCGGUGGCACCGUCAUCAACAGCCGCUACGUGCUGACGGCGGCUCACUGCACGACCGGAUCUUCGGCUGGCAGCAUCCAGGUCCUGCUGCGCGAGCACCUCAUCAACCAGGACGACGGAGAGAUCCGCUUCAACAUCGCCCAGAUCAAGAAUCAUCCCAACUACAACUCUGGCACAAACGCCAACGACUUCUCGCUGCUGAAGCUGGCCACGGCCAUCUCCUUCCCCGCCGACAAUAAGAUCGCGCCCGCCUGCCUGCCGACCGCCUCCAACGACUUUGUCGGCGCCGACGCCAUCAUCACCGGUUUCGGCACCACCUCGCCGGACGGCCCGCAGGCUACCACGCUGCGUGAGGUCACCGUCCCGGUCAUCAGCAACUCGGCCUGCCAGUCGGCCUACUCGGACUACUCCAUCACCUCUAACAUGCUCUGCGCCGGCCUGCUGGGCACCGGCGGCAAGGACUCGUGUCAGGGCGACAGCGGCGGCCCGCUGGUCAGCCUCGAGAACAACCGAUACUCGCUGAUCGGCGUCGUCUCGUGGGGCAUCAGCUGCGCCGAUCCCAACUACCCGGGCGUCUACGCCAGGGUCACCGAUGCGCUCUCCUGGAUUUCGGCCAACGCCGCCGACGGCGAGUACUGCAGCGACCCGGCCGCCAACUGAGACCGUCCGCCAGCGGCUGACCGUCUGAGGGACACAGGGAAGGGACCGUACGACAGCGGCUGACCGUCCGUCAGCGGCUGACCGCCUGAGGGACGCAGGGACCGUACGGUUUCACAUGGGUAGGCCAAUAGGCACUGUCUAGGUGGACUAUAGGGGCAUUGGGUGGCACUGGGUUCGAUGUGAUCGGUGGAGGAUCAGACCCAAACGUCAAAUGCACAUUGAAACGAAAGUAUGCCGAUUCUCGCCGUUUCCCCUCACUUAUCCAGCUUGGUGAUGAAAAAAGGUAUAUUGUUUUGUUGUAGUUGCAAAAAUAAAGCUGUUCUAGACAUUGAUGGCUGUAAUUGUUGUAAUUGGUUUUGCUUGAAUAAAGAGGCCGUU